AUGGCAGCAGCAAAUCCCACCAACGUUAUUCGGAGAGUAGAUGGAAAGUCGGUGCAGCUUGCGCUAUGGGAUACCGCCGGACAGGAAGACUACGAGCGGCUACGUCCCCUGGCCUACUCCAAGGCUCACGUCAUCCUGGUCGGCUUCUCCAUCGACACGCCCGAUUCACUCGACAACGUCAAGCACAAGUGGGUGGAAGAGGUUACUCGACUCUGCGAAGGCGUCCCCAUCAUCCUCGUCGGAUUGAAGAAGGAUCUCCGCGAGGAUCCCGUAGCGAUUGAGGAAAUGCGAAAGAAGUCGAUGCGCUUUGUCACACACCAAGAGGGCGAUGCCGCCGCCAAGGAAAUUGGAGCCCGGAAAUACCUCGAAUGCUCCAGUUUGAGCGGCGAGGGCGUCGACGAUGUCUUCGAGGCCGCCACUCGCGCCGCCUUGUUGACCUUUGAGAAGGGCGAGGGAGGCGGCUGCUGCGUCAUUCUGUGA